AUGGAGACCCAGCGGCAGGAGUCUUUUAAGAAGCUGCGUGCUCCCUGUGUUGAGCUGAGCUCAGUCGGUCUUGCCUUCCGUGGACGUCAGAAAACCCCCAACGAUGUUUUCCAAGCCCUCAGUCCGGUCUACAACGUCCUCACUCAACUUGCCGAUCAAGAUGCUCUGGACGAGAAGCUAGCGGAAUAUGCCUUUUUCCCUCUCUCGCAUAUCUUCAACGAGACUCAGAGACUUCCCGCGCGGACAUUGGAACUGGCUGUUAAUUGUCUACGGAUCCUGAUUGCGAAAGGAUGGCGCCGGCACCUGUCCCCUCAGUUGGGCAAGCAGCUCAUAAUACUGCUGACCUUGAUCGUGGGCGGUGCACCGAAUAAAGCCAGUGGAGGUCAGUCUCUACAUUCGCAGCCCGUGGAGCUCGGUAUCGCUUGUUUCAAUUGCUUCGCGGCUAUAUUCAGUGUUUUGGAAGGGCCAAAGGCAAAGCAAACAAUCUAUCAUGAGAUUGGUACAGCCACUAUUGUCGACCAGGCUGUGUACAUACUCCUCGAAGGUGUUUCGGAUGGACCGUCGGACGAAUUCUGUAUGGCUGCUGCAGAGGCACUUCGAGCUCUGUUCGAUCGUAUCACCGAUCGGGUAGUUUUAGCCAGUAUCAUGCCGCGGACGGUUUCGGCUCUGACAAAGGUCCUGAAGCCGACCACUCAGAUACGCCGCUCUUUCAGGGUAGUCUCGAUAUGUCUACAGAUUCUUACUAAAUUACUCCGAAACGUUUUGAACGACCAAGUCACGAGUUCGGUCACCGAAGAGUCGAAUAAAACCCAGCAAGCGGACAACCAGCAAGCAGAAGACAGGGUAGUCCUGGAUGGAUCUUGGUUGAAAGCAACGACUACGCAAAUUAGGCUGGCUCUCGCGAACAUAAUUCAGAUAAGACGUCAUGAACGGCAGGAGGUGCAGGCUGCGCUUUUGGACCUCUGCUCGAUGGUCAUAGAGGACUGUUCGGCUACCCUCCACGAUUCGAUACCUCUCAUGGUAGAGACGAUUGUCAUCCUAUCCAUAUCAGAAGAAUCACCCAAUCACGCCUACACUACUCUGAAUCACCUUGCUACCACGUAUUCUGUUGUAUUGGAUACUCUCAAGGACUCGCUUCACACCUGGGUCGCUGCUUUUCCGAGGACUAUGCAAGGCAAUGAUGAGACAGCCAAGCAAUGGGGAAUCAAGCAGAUAUCAACAGCCUUCCAGGUACUUUCCCAGGUUCAGUCGGGAUCUGAUAUUCUCACGAGUGCUCUCGCAUCAGGCUUGUGCGAUAGUGUUGCUGCUACUGUCAACCAAGCCUCCAGGAAUCCUUCGCCGGUGAAUCAAGAGAUGGUUGAGAACUUAAGUCUGGACGUUCUACAUCGAGACAAUCGGUCAUUGACGUUUCCCUCUGUACUUCUGGGCCACCGCAGUCAGCAGCAGACUCUCAAGGAUCUUCAAUCGAUGGUCGUUCGUCUCAAUACCUCCGAGUCUGGAAGUGAGAUUACAAGGUCCAUCAUCGGUCAAAUACACCGCGCCUCUGGAGAUGCAGUGGUGGCUCCGUUCUGGUUAGCCCUGAACUUUUUGAAAACUGGUUCGCAGUUCACGGGCAUUCUCGACGAUUUCAUAUCCUUAGAUCAUAUAGAAAUAUCGGUCCAGAGUCUAAGCAGUAAGGCCAUGAUCGAGGAGCUAUAUUACUACUCGUUGCCUCUUCUAGAUCAACCACUGGCGGAGACCUCCAGGGAUUGGCGAAUUUCUGCUCUCGCACUGGAAGCGGUUGCUCUUCAAGCACAGCAACUCGGAGAGGCAUUUCGCCCGGAGCUGAUGGAUGCGCUAUAUCCAGUUCUCCAGCUGCUCGCAUCAACUAACUCUAACCUUCAGAGGCAUGCUAUGGUAUGCCUUGACAUACUCACCAACUCUUGCAAGUACGAGGAUACCAGCACCAUGAUCAUUGAAAACGUCGAUUAUCUGGUGAACUCAGUGGCAUUGAAACUGAAUACCUUUGAUGUCUCACCUUACCCGCCGCAAGUCCUCUUCAUGAUGGUAAAACUGUGUGGUUCUCGAUUGAUUCCCUAUUUGGAUGACUUGGUCGACUCAAUGUUUGGCAUUCUGGAUAUGUACCAUGGGUACCCCAGACUUGUGGAAACGAUGUUCAAGACCCUGGCUGCCAUCGUGGAGGAAGGCACAAAAGCCCCGUCACUUCUCGCAAUUACCAAUGGCGAGGUCAAGGCUGUCGACCAUCGCAAGCGGCAGUACCAGAGACUGCUGGUGUCCACCCUGGCAGAGGAUUUGGCUGCCCGUAGAACAAAGCGAGCCAAGUAUAUGGAUGAAGACGUGGAAGACGAUGAAGAAAGAGUGUCACAUCCGAACCGGCCCUGGAAACCAGAUACUGAGAAGGUCGAGAGCUUGGACGCUGACAACCUCUCCGACAUCUUGAACGCGGAUGAAUCCGAGGAGCCACUUCCUCCUCCUCGAGAGCCGGAGGAUGAGGAGAAGCCGCUCAGUAAAUCACACACGAUUCUUCUACACAUUGUCAAGUCCAUACCCUCGCAUCUGACUUCUCCUUCGCCCUACCUUCGUCGCUCCUUACUCUCCGUCCUAAUUCAAGGCUUCCCAGCCCUGGCGCAGAACGAGAACAGCUUCCUGCCAGUCAUCAAUGAUCUAUGGCCUGCUGUUGCAUCAAAGAUCAGCUUUCCGUCUUCGUUAUCCAGCGACUCGUCCUCGACCGCUCUCAUGACGAGGGACUUGUCCACGCCGUCUACCAACGCUGUCAACAGCAGCGGCACACGCAAAAUCGACGAGUCCGACUUCAAGGAGGAGACAUUCGUCAGCACUGCCGCCUGCGAAGCCAUAGAAGUCAUGUGCAAGACAGCUGGCGACUUUAUGGCAUCCCGCGUCGAGGCCGAAUUCCCCCGCUGGGAGCGCAUCUAUCGCCGCACAUGGGACAAAGUGUGUCAAGACGCAGAAAGGGCACUCGAGCGACGCGCUCACCACCAAUCCGACAAAACACCCUCAUCCGAGACUCUCACACCAUCAGAAACCCAUCUCUCCCUACCUCUGUCUCACUCUCUAUCGUUAGUCAUACCCGGCUCCGGCUCCAGUACCACCUCUGGCGCUCGCGCCUUCACACCACACCAUACCCUCUGGCGCGCCCAGCUCUCCCUAUUCAUCACCCUCCUCACUCACGUCCGUCUCCCACUAUCCAUGGGCGACCAAAUAUGCGAGUUCUUAGCCGACUGGAUAACACUCUACGUUGGCUCAAACUACUACUCCCAAUUCCAUCUUCAAGCUACUGUUUCAGCCUCUGAUAUACCCACUGCCCAACGUGCCGAGCUGGAGCCCGUCGAGACUGCCAUUCAGGCCAUGGAGACCUGGAAUGCGGAUCUGACUUGGUUCCUCUUCCAGCAGCGAAAGGCGCAGGCAAUCGCGACGUCGAGUAGAAGCAAGGCGGGUAAUGUCGUGCCUAUGAUCAGCGAGAUUUCGGAGAAUCCAUUGGAGUCUUGGUCUUCGUUGGCAAACCGUUUGAAAUUCGUCCCGGUGGUGUUCUAA